CGUAGAAGGCAUUGUAUUUCAUUGUUAUUGUAUUGUAGAAGUAUAAAAACCCAAGCGUUUCCUUUCAGUUCUUCAGGCGAGCAGGUUCUUCCCAAGUGAAUCCCCCCAGCAACUAUCCCAACCGUUCUUUCUACCAACUACCAACCAUUCUUUAAUUCAUCCUCACGUGUAUACAUGAUGUCUUCUUCCACGAGUUCCCUUUCCUACAAAGACUCAGUCUUUUCCUUUCCUCAACCCGACUACGACCAAUACUACCCGUAAGUCCGCCGACUGCCUUCAGGCCGUUUUGAAUACACUCUGACCAUGAUUGCCGUUGUAGUGUUUCAAAGUCUGCUAUGCGACUUCCGUCUUACACUCGUUAUGUGGAACGCAGAGUUGUCAGAGCAUGGAAGAAAAUCACCGGCCUGACUAAAAAGCAGCACCGCGCAUCAUUCCUUCCUCCGAACUUCGUGUUCGUUACCCCAUCGGCAAAGAGGCGGAGCAUCAGAUACGUCUAUUAGGGCUGUUGCUGGACGACACUGUGUAUCUUUUUACGAAGAAUUAUUCAUGGGAUUUACGUGGACUUUACACAGACACAUAUGCAUUGGACAUAUUAUUGGGACAGUAUUACCAUAGACCUA